UUUGAAAAUUAAGUUCCUGGGAAUACACCUUUGUUCAUCUUGACACUGAUUACUAAUACUGUUUAGUUAAGGUCAAUGUCUUGAUGGGCCGUCGAACAACUUCAAAUAAAACAAUCCUUUAUGGGUUCCUUGUUCCUUGUUAAACCCCGCAACCCCGAGACUCACAAGUUGCACAAUAAGGUUUUAACUUUGAAGCUUAAAGUGGCAGCCAAGACUGGGCAUCAGUUGAUUGUAUUCGUCUCGCAAAAAAAAAGUAGAAAAAGUUGAGUGUAUUCCUCACCAAUGGACCUCUUCUCUUAAUCCCAGUAUAAUCACAAACAUACAUGAUACAGGUCAAUCACAUUCUUUGGAUCUUUUCAGAAGUAAACAAUUAUGACCUCGAAUGCUUGCCUAAUUCUGUGGAUCCCAGUACAUGAUAUAUGUCAUUUGAAGGUUUCGAUGGAGUGCACAUUUGGGGCUCUCGGACCUAAUUUUUAACUGAUCUUUGACAUGGCGUAACGAUGUUUGCUUGCUCGAAAAGAAGAUAAAACCCUGAUAAAAUGCUUGCUUGCUCACAAAAUACAUUCACAUCACACUGCUUUUAUUUGACCACCAUCCUCACAUAUUGCUUUUGCUCUCAUCCUCUCGGCGAAUUCCCUGGCAAUGGCCGAGAUGGGCGGGGCGAAGGCGGCCAGCCUCGCCUUGCGCAUCGUGGCGCUGGCGCUGUCGGUGGGCGCCGCCGUCGUGAUGGGCAGCGUCGUCUCCUACAACAGCGCUCUGGUCUACUUCGUGGUGGGCAGCGUCAUCUCAGCCGUCUGCUCGGCGCUGGCGCUCUACCUGUUCGUCGUGCACGGGGGCGGCGGCUCGAUCGCCGUGUCGCUCCUCGACGCCGCCGCGCAGGCCCUCCUGUUCUCGGCGUCCGGCGCGGCGCUCGCCGCGCGCGGCUGCUUCGCCGGCGGGGCGGGCGCGUUCCGCGGGAGGGUGGGCAUCGCGGCGGCCGUUGGCGCGUGCGCGGCCGCGGCCGUCUUGGUCGCGGCGCUGGCAGGGAACGCGCCCUCCCGCGGCCGCGGCGGGGGCGCUGCCGGUGGCUCUGGCUGCAAGCACGGAUGCUCUAGCCCAGGCUGCUAGCAAUUCACAGCGUCAGUACAAGGAUUCUCGGGAAUUGCUUGUAGUGUGUGUAACUCUAGAAUUGAUUGAUGAUGCAUUUUUUGCUCUCUUACUAAAUGAUUGAUGGGUGGAUACUUGUUGUCUAGUUGUUGCUGUUGCGGUUGUAAGAGCAUGUCUAAUAGUACCCU